ACGAGCGCAGGAAAGACUAGUUUAACGCUUCUCUCCUGCAGUUGCUGUCGGAUCUGUCAGGUGAAGCACGCGCUCUCGAACCUGAACGAGCGCGAGAUCAUCUCCGAAACCAGCAGCAGCACAGAGCAGCGCGAACUUUACAGCAAGUGUUUCCUGGUCCAGCUCGAAGACUGACCUCUGGGAGAAGUCUGCUGAGAGAAGACACAUGCCCUGAGUCUUAAACUCGACGAGGCUGAAUUAAACAAACAAGACGAGCGAAUCUUGAUCUCGAGAUUAACUGAAAGCUACUCAUGAAAAUGGGUUGAGGAAAAGAAACGCCGAUAAAGAGAGGUGUAAGUAGGAUUUUUAACAUGUGGAGCCAUGUAUACAUUUCAUUUUGAAUAUAUAUUUGACUGACACUAUACUGAGCAAGUGUGUCAUAGACUUUGAAUGCUUCAGUCGCGAAUUCCUCUUCUGCUGUCUGAAUGAAGACAGUUUACCGUAUUGAGAUGUUGGAAAUUAAAUUUGUGGUCCAGUUUAACAGAAUUUCACUUUUCUGUUAACGAAGAAAGCCCUUUCUUCACUUUAUUUUGACAGCAUGUUGUCUAUCUCAAGCUGUACAUAUCCUGGAUUUCAGGGAUUAGAUUUAUAUCAGAUUUUCUCAGAUUUUCCUCUGUGCUGUCUCAGUAUGUGGGAGUUAUGUGUAGCACAGCAGAUCUCCAGAUGACUGGAUUCGAUAAUGAAACACUAGAAAUGAUCUAUAGAUGUUAUUUCCUCUGACUGUAAUAUAGGCAUUUAUUUACAUCACUUAUGAUUUCAUGUCGUCAUAUGGACUAAGAUUGAUCUUUUUGUCUGGAAAAGCUAUCAGCCGAUACUCAGAACUGUCCAUGUCUUUUUUCUUCUUUAUCUAUCAUCUUUUUUCACUAACUUGUUAAAGCACAAUCCUUUCAGCUGAGCGGAUGAAAAUAAUUGACCUUUGAACUCAUUUGCUGAGAGCGGUGGUUACCAGCGUGCUUUUUUACAUUUGAAGUAUUCAUGGUUGAACAGUAAGACGCAGUCGACACAAUUGGUGCUCUACAUGUUCUUUGCUGGUGUUUUUCAGUUGUUGAGACUCAAGUUGCAAUAUAUAGGAUAAAAGGCGUUUCUAUCAAGUUUCAACCUUCAGGCUCUUUUGUUUUACCCCCCCCCCCCCCCACUGACCUUAUCAGGUGGGGGGGAGGGUAGGCCCAAAUUAUGGAGUCCAACCCAGACAGCCCAAACCGGGCUGUGGAGUAUCUUCUGGAGCUCAAUAACAUCAUCGAGAACCAGGCCAAACUUCUAGAGACGCAGCGUAAACGCAUCGAGGAGCUCCAAACACAGCUAGACCGGGUCAACCAGGAGAACCAGGACCUGCGGCAGGACCGGAGCCCGGGAACAGAGAACUCGACGCAGAACCACAACUACAACCAGAGCUCUAAGCCCAGCCAGCCGUCAUCUCUACCAAACCACAGUGCUGGAGGUGUCCAUCAGAACAGCAGCAGUAAUAUACCCUCGUCCACGGUGCCCGGUCCUGCUCGACGGACUCACACCAGACUGACCCGGGGCCUGUCAUGUGGGUCCGCCCCUGUGGAGAAAGAGAGAGGCCGACUGGAGCGAAACGACAGCUCUGGGACCAACAACACCUCCACUCUACGGAAACAUGAGGAGGAAACCCAGAGUUCAGCUUCGCGUCCCUUUUCAGACAGUUCCAGCAGUAAAUCUCCUUAUGCGAACAGCUCUGACCGUUACAGGGACAACAGCUGUGGCCCCCCAGGCCCUCGGGUGCCUUUUGUGCCCCCUCCAAGCCCAGCCAGCCUUGCCUGGGCACAGCGUACACGCAACCAACCAGCUAGCCUGGCCCUGCGCAAGCAAGAGGAAGAAGAGAACAAGAGGUGCAAAGCCCUAUCAGACAGUUAUGAACUCUCUACAGACCUACAAGACAAGAAGGUGGAGAUGCUGGAAAAGAAAUAUGGAGGUUACUUCGUGAGCAGACGAGCAGCACGCACCAUCCAGACAGCAUUCCGUCAAUAUCGCAUGAACAAGAACUUUGAGCGUCUGCGCAGCUCAGCUUCUGAGAGCCGCAUGACACGGCGCAUCAUCCUUUCCAACAUGCGACUGCAGUACUCGUUUGAUGACCGACAUCCUCAACCUCCCACCCCGACUCACUACAGUCACAGUCCAGGAAUGGGUCCUCCACAUUCUCCAACCUGCACCACAGAGCCAAGCUCCCCAUCACGACCGGAGUACACCCAUCUAGAGGACUCCUUCUCAAAACAAGUGAAGUCCUUGGCUGACUCCAUUGAUGAUGCCCUAACAUGUCGACCACGCCGAGAUGAUUCCCAGGAAGGUAUAGGUGAUGGAGGUGGUGUUGUGGAUGACUUUGGCGAGUGCAUAUGGAGCAGCAGUAGCCACGCAUCGUUACGGAGAGGUCUUGGAGACAGGGAUCGAGGAGGUACAGGGGGCUUGAGCAUGCAUGAAGAUAGCACAGCCACCUCCUACAGUGAUGUCACGCUGUACAUGGAUGACGGACUACCUUCCUCCCCGCUUUCUAUAGACCGGGCCCCUAGCAGCACAGACACUGAGUUCUGGGGCGGUGUUGGAAGUGGAGUGGGUGGUAGGGAAGAUAGCCGUGACACGGAAGGAGGAGGAAGCAGCAAUAGUCGCCGAAGCACACCUUGCACUGAGUGCCGUGAUUACCGUUUACGGGGAGGGCACUUACCGUUACUUACGAUUGAACCACCUAGUGACAGCUCAGUGGACAUGAGUGACCGCUCAGACCGAGGCUCCCUUAGCAGACAACUAAUCUUUGAGCAGGACUCAGCGGGAGGGUCACCUCAAGGGACACUAAAGCACAACCCUAAUGCUCGUUCAACAUCCUCAACAGCUGCACAAGGUCAAACACGUCCAGCUAUCCGAUCGAUACCGUCGCACAUCCCACACCACAUGGCUCACCAUCACCACCACCAUCAUCACCAGUACCCCGACACCCCUUCGUCCUCCUCCUCUCCCCAACAGCCCCCAACCACACCGCUCUCAUCCUCCUCUUCAGCACCACUGCCUCCUGGUGGCUUGGAGCAGCAGUGUUGCUCGGAUGGUGAUAAUGACUCACUGAACUCCACCACAAACUCUAAUGAGACUAUUAAUUGCAGCUCAGGCUCCUCUUCAAGGGACAGUCUGCGGGAGCCCUUGCCCUCAUUAGGGAAACAGACCUACCAGAGAGAAAGCAGACACAGCUGGGACUCUCCUGCCUUCAACAAUGAUGUCGUUCAGAGAAGACAAUAUCGCAUCGGACUCAACCUCUUCAACAAGAAGCCAGAAAAGGGUAUUCAGUACCUGAUUGAGAAGGGCUUUGUGUCUGACACACCAGUGGGCAUUGCUCGCUUUAUCCUGGAGAGGAAAGGCCUGAGUCGCCAGAUGAUUGGAGAGUUCCUUGGAAACAGACAGAAACAGUUCAACAAAGAUGUACUGGAUUGUGUUGUGGAUGAAAUGGACUUUUCGGGAAUGGAUCUUGAUGAUGCUCUGAGGAAAUUUCAAGCUCAGAUAAAAGUCCAAGGAGAAGCCCAAAAAGUGGAAAGACUGAUUGAGGCAUUCAGCCAGAGGUACUGUGUUUGUAAUCCAGCACUGGUAAGACAGUUCCAGAACCCAGACACCAUCUUCAUCCUAGCUUUUGCCAUCAUCCUCCUCAACACAGACAUGUACAGCCCCAAUAUCAAAGCGGAGAGGAAGAUGAAGCUGGACGAUUUCAUCAAAAACUUGAGAGGGGUGGAUAAUGGUCAGGACAUCCCACGUGAUUUACUGGUUGGAAUCUACCAGAGAAUUCAGAAGUGGGAACUGAGGACCAAUGAUGACCAUGUUUCUCAAGUCCAGGCAGUGGAGAGAGUCAUAGUGGGCAAGAAACCUGUUCUGUCCCUGCCCCACCGCAGACUCGUGUGCUGCUGUCAGCUCUAUGAGGUCCCGGACCCCAACCGUCCUCAAAGGUCUGGAGUUCACCAGAGAGAGGUCUUCCUCUUCAACGAUCUGCUUGUGGUUACAAAGAUCUUCCAGAAGAAGAAAACCUCCAUAACGUACAGUUUCAGACAGUCCUUCCCUCUGGUGGAGAUGCAGGUUCACAUGUUCCAGAACUCUUACUAUCCUCAUGGUGUCAGACUAACUUCAGCGAUCCCGGGUGGUGAGCACAAAGUUCUGAUUGUGUUCAUGGCCCCUAGUCAACAGGACCGCACCCGCAUUGUCAGUGAUCUGAGGGAGAGCAUUGCUGAGGUCCAGGAAAUGGAGAAAUACAGAGUGGAAUCUGAGUUGGAAAAGCAGAAGGGAGUAAUGCGGCCCAGCCUGCUCACCAACAGCAUUAUGACAGGAGGAGUGGGCGGGGUCAAGAAUGAAGUGGUGAAUGGCACUAUGGGAAGACCUAGUCUGGAUGACAACUAUUCACCAGGAGAGGGCCUCAAACGUACUGCUCUCAGCUCCUCUCUGAGGGACCUGUCUGAAUCAGGGAAACGUGGCCGCAGCAACAGCGUUGGUUCCCUUGACAGUACAAUGGAAGUAAGUCUGAGUGAAGCAGAGCAGUCCGCGGCCUCACCAGCGUUAUCCAGUAGCCACUGUGCUCCCGGGAUGCUAUGGAACAGAAGACUUCCGGCCUCACCGCCCCAUCCUGAGCCCCGGAGUGGGGGUGGGGGGUGGGCCGGGGCAGCAACACACACCUGCGGUGACUGGCGCUGGGCCAGUCUCCAGCAGCACCGAGAAAGGAACGACUGGAAUGGGGAGUGGGAGCAACAGCAACAACACUGGAUCCUUCCUGGGCUCCCUGUUUGGGGGCAAACGAUCCAAAACACCGGCUCCUAUUAUCCCCCCGGGGCCACCCUACCCCGCCCCUGUGGCCCCACCGACUACAGGAGGGCCACCACCUCUGUCCCCGUCCUCGCUGUGCCCGGGAGAGGGCGGGGGGCCUUCCAAGAUCCAGGCCCUGCACGCCCAGUACUGCCACACUACCAGCAACAGUGUCAGUGGGCAGCCUCCGCCCCCGUACUACCACCAACAUCGCUUCCAUACGCAGACCGUACCCUCGUCUGGGCAGCAAGGCCUCCAUACUCUUCAGCGGGUCACCUUGCCUCGACGGCCGCAGCCCAACCCCUCCGCACACUGCCCGUACCAGCCGAUCUCACAGCAUACUUUGCAGGGACGCUACGGGAGCGUGGGCAACAUGGGCAACAUGUGCUCCGGCCUCCCUCCCCCCCUUUCUCCUCACUCCCCACUCUCCCCUCAUCCACAGUUUGCUCUGUUCCACACACAGCCCACACACUCGGCCAGAGGGGGCGGCAUCAGCAAGCCCCCUCUCACGCUGUCACACUCGCAGCCGCACCCGCACGCACACUCCCAUCCCGCGCACGUGCACACGCCGCACCCGGGCUCCCACCCCGUGCACCAACCUCACUUCGUCUUCGCCAGCCCUCCUCCUCCGCCCUUCCCUGCUCCCACUCAGCCGCCUCCAGUCUCCGCGUCCGGCACGGUCCAUCAGGUGCCUCCGGCCGCCCAGUAUCUGCCCCAGUAUCCUCCGUUGUCCUCCAUCCCCCCUCCCCCACCACACUCCCCUUUACCCCCCCCUUCCUGCCCCCUUACCCCUCUUAUACCUCUCUCCCCUCUCCCCCCCCAGCAUCAAGGUCCCCCUUCACAAACCGCGGGUCAGCAAGGGCCCUCGCCAGCUCAGACUGGAGUCGUACCUGGGGGGACGGGCACGGUCGAACGCGCCAAAUCCAAACCUACCAACCGGAUCAGCACGGUAGUGUGAGCCGGGGGAAGUCGCGAGGCUGGGGGUCGCUGAAGGGUCCUUUGGCGGUUGGAGGGGGGACCGCCGCGAGGCUGGAGGAGGCAGGUGGCGGCAGGGCCAAAGCCGAUAACAACACCAGUGGGAAAAAGAAACGCAGCCUGCUAAGACUCUGCUACUUUCACUUGCGCUUCCCUCAAGUGUAACUGAAGAAGGGGCUUACCAAGGCAAAACAGCACAAACACACGUAUGUCAUACCGAUAGUUGGAGGCUCUCAGGUAGAUCAGUGCUGUGGGAUAUACACUCCACAACAAUAACAAAAAACAUUCAUGACACUUUUCUUUCAGUUCAGGUGUUGUCGAUGUCACUGAUUUGGUAUUUGAGCCAAACCCUUCUUAGAUACUUCUCCUAGAAUCCCAUAUUUACACAUAACCUACUGAAGCAUGUAAAGGGAUUACAAACAUGUGGACAUGCACACACAAACUCAAGCACAAAAUUGUCCAAAGGCUUGCUUCAAUUACAUAUAGCCAUAAAGUUAGGGUAAAAUGGUUGCAUUUUGCAUUUAUCAUCACAGGUGUUGGAGAAACUUUUUGGUUCCUUGCUUCACCUGGGAACCUGUUUAGGAAAAGUGAAGAGCAGAGACCAUACAAAUAAUACUGUGCUGGACAUGAAGAUCAAAGCACAGUACUUGGGCGAAGUACAAUGAUUUCAUACAUUCCAGUAAUUAUGUUGAGCAUUAGUCAAUAGCAUUGGCAAGAUGCAAUAAUCUUUUCACUAAAUUGAUGUCCAGCUUCUACUUGCUAAAUAAUUUCAAAUGCUCUAUUGCUCUUUUCUACACAUCUAUAACGGUCAAUAUAUUUGAGUGCUUAUAGAGAUGUAUCUAUAAAGGAAAUAUCUUACACCUGGUAUGAUUGUUUGAAGCAUGUCAGUACUGGCCUGACCUCUUCAAAUCCUAAAACUAGUCUGCUGUAAAAAGCCUUGUACUGUAUGUUAAAAUUUCAUUAGAUUAGAUAAAGAUUCAUUAUCCAUCAGAAUUAUUAACCUGUGUACAUACAAUUAUAUGAUAUCAGUAAUAUUAUAUUAUUUUAUAUUACAUGAUGUUCAUACCUAGAGUUACACCAUUUUAGAAAAUAUAAAUGUAUACACAAACGAGAAGGCGACAAAUUAAUUUCAUAAUUCAAAGCUCAUUUUGGAGGAAAAAAAUGAUCUUUUAUGUUACAUUUAAAGCAUUGUGUCUAAAUCUAAACCUUUUCUCAUGGCAACAUUGUUUUUAUUCUACACUGUUACUUUUUAUUCGACGAGUCGGUGACCAUUAUCAUCCAUAUCUAAAUUCUUAGCACAUUUCUAGUAGAGUUCCAGUAAAGCUGUCAAGGCCCAGAAUGUGAAAACAUAAGGCACUUUAUACAUGGAUGUGUUUUCUGAACUAUAUCAAAUGAUCUCUAUUAAACAAAAACAUUUUCCAGCUAAAGUAUUUUUACCUAUAUGAGGGCUAGUGACACACAUAUGAAGGAAACUUUCCUCAAAAGAUUGUUGCCUCUCUAUUCGUCACGAAUCUUCACAUCUGAAAUGCCUGUAUUAUGCAGUUUCCAUUGGGGUUUUGCAUUAAUGCUGCCAAUCAUACCUAAGGUGUUUUUGACUGUAUUUUACGCUGUUAUAUAAAUGUUUGCUAUGAAUUUAAAUUUUAAUGAAUAUAACUGUUUAACUUUUAUGUUAUACAAAAUACAGAUGUCAUAAAUUUGACAAAAUAUGAGAGAUAUUUGUAAAUAGGAAAAGUUUUCUCAUGCUUUGACAUUCAACAGUGGAGUGUCAAAGUGUUUUAUUGUUAUUGAAGAUUUUUUUGGACAAACACACUUGUCUUUUUAAGUGUCCUUGAAUGUUGGAGACUUUUUAUGGGUAUUAUUUAACUUUUUUUUUUUUACAGAAGUUGUGUGCCUGUCAUUGUGUGUUUGACUCAGCUUUGUGUGCAUCUGACUUGCAUCUGAUGCUCAUAGACUGUAUGCUUCAGUUUUCAAUAGGCUACCUUAUCUAUUUUUUUUUCUCCAUAUGAAUAAUGGAGGAGAGCAGGAAAAUGGCAGAACCAGUAUAAUUAUCACAUUAAUACAAGUAUUUCCUUUUACCUGUAUGUGAAAUCAAGGUAAUUUAGCCUUCAAUACUGCUUGAAGUUUUUGUUAGUGUGGAUGCAUAAUGUGAUCUCAAGUGCUGAUAUUUCUGGACUGGGCUUAAUGCAGGUGCUCAGUAUUAUUUGUCUUGAUGUUAUGCUCAGUUAUUGUUUGCAAGAUAUUUAUGUUCUUUUGCUACCCUUUCAAAACACCUUCUUUUUCUAUGUGCUCCUGAAUAUGCUAAUUACAUAUGAUCAGCACUCCACCAAACUAAAUAAUAGCACAGUAUCAGUGAAAAUGGGGAUCCAGUUACAUCUGGUUACAUACACAGCCAGAUACCAAUUUGAGAUGAGAGAGAAUAGAAAUAAUUGACUUUGUUUGAUUAAUGAUUCCCAUAAUCUUUUUGAUUAACUCUCCAUCUUCCCGCUGUUAAUUUAAUUGCACGAGUAUGUCUGUAUUUACUGAGCUCUGAAACAAACUGUACAUAGACUGUCGUAGUAUGAUUUAAUAUUGGCAGUGGAAUGGGAAGUGGCAAAGGUGUAUGUAUGAGUGUGUGUUUGGGGGGGGGCUAUGUUUAGAUUUUUUGAUUCAAGGAAAUUCAUUUUAUCUGGAAUCUUGUACAAGUGUAUGUCACAGCAGAUUGAAGUGUAAUUUUGAAAGAAGUUAUAUGAGGUCAUCUUAUUUGUGUACAGAUAAUAUAUGAAAUUAAGCAAAUUCAGAGAGAUGGGAAUAUUUAUUGCCUAAUAUGAGUAAAAAUAUAUCGUGUCUUGACACAA